AUGGACCACCAAGAAAUCGAGAAAAACGAAAAAAAUAAUGACAAAAAUAAUAACACUCCAUAUGAGGUGAUCCCUGACGAUGUACGUGCUUACCGCGAUAAAGAGUACUGGAAUAUGAGAUAUCAAAAGCGAGUUAAUAAUCAAAUAGAAAUGAUAACAUCCGAAUUUACAAAUACAAGAACAUUUGACUGGUUCAAAACGUAUAAAGAUCUGAAACCAUUAUUUAACGCGCAUCUAACUCGCAAUUCACCGAAAAUUCUGAUGCUUGGCUGCGGAAAUUCAACAUUAUCAGAAGACUUGUAUGAUGACAACGCAAACUACCACCAAAUUACAAACAUUGAUUUCUCAGAUAUCGUAAUCGAUCAAAUGUACAAACGAUGCCACGAAACACACAAAGAAAUGCAGUGGUUGGUGAUGGACGUGCGCGACUUAAAAUUCCCCGACGCGUCUUUCGAUUAUGUGAUUGACAAGGGAACCAUGGACGCGUUAAUGUGUGAUAAAGGUGACGUUUGGAACCCUGAUGAAGAUGUGGUGGAGAAUGUUAAAAAGGAGGUGGAUGAGGUUGUUCGAGUUUUGAAGCCUGGUGGGAAGUUCAUAUAUAUCACAUUUGGUCAACCACAUUUUCGUCGACGCCAUUUAGAACGCGAUUGUUGGAAAGUAGAAGUUGAGACUUUCGGCGAGGUUUUCCAUUAUUUCUUUUAUCUUAUGACUAAAAUGUAUUAA